AUGUCCUACCAACCGCUCGACGAAACAAACGAAGAGAUUCGCCUGCUGUCGAUAUCACCCGAACGACCAGGCGAGGAUAAACUGGAGUGUUCAUUAACUAUCGUUUCCUUGAAAGACCUCAAACCUGAGCAUGGGUCUUUUCCCAGCUAUCGAUUUGAAUGGGGAGACUUUGCCACGCUCUCGUACACAUGGGGCGACCCUGAGAUUACCGAAGCCAUUCUCCUAGACGGCAUCCAUGCAUCCGUCACCACGAACCUCGCUGCCGCACUGCGCACCUUUCGAAAGCUGAAUUACUUUAGCGGCCGCUUCAACCUCUGGGUCGACUCAUUAUGCAUCAAUCAGCAGGAUUUGGACGAGCGGAGCUCCCAGGUCGCCAUGAUGCGGGAUAUAUACACCAGGUCAUGGACUACCAUGACUUUUCUCGGUGCAGCGGCCGACAACAGCGACAAAGCUCUGGGCUUGCUCAAGACUUUGGCUGCGCACGAAGUGAACAAGACGACCGGCCAGCUGAGAGAUAUUCUACAGGAUCAUCCAUGGCAUCUUGGGGGCCAAGGAGAGUGGUUAGCGCUACAAGCCUUCCUCCAACGCCGUUACUGGUCUCGGUUGUGGAUUGUCCAGGAGUCCGCACUAGCUCCCUCGAACAUGCUCAUGUUUGCCGGCGAGGACUCUAUCACUUGGCAAGAGGUGCAAGACGGCUUGACCUCAAUCCACACCUGUCUUUGGUAUGUGAAGGAUCUUUGUCUGGAGCACGACCGCAGGAUGUUUCAAGAGGCCCAAGGCAUAAGCGGCCAAGUGUCCGGUCGUUGGGAUACCCAGAACCUGCAUCAUAUUGACAAGGGCCCGGCCCGGCUAGCAAGAAAAGAGCGAAGAGGGGAGCCUUUGACAUACAAAGAUUUGUUGGAAGUGGCAUGUGCCACGGCCUGCGCGGAUCCCUUGGAUAAGGUCUAUGGCCUUCUGGCCUUUAUGCAUCCAACCAUUGCGGACCAAGUAGUGGUCGACUAUAGAUUGCAGCCAUCUCAACUCUUCUUUCAACUGGGACAGUUAUUCAUCAUUCACGACGACAGCCUUGAGAUUUUGCGCGACGGAAAUCCCUGGAACCAGACAAAGACCCCAUCUUGGGCUCCAGAUUGGAGGUGGGAGCAUCACAGCCGCGAUAAACUGUUUCCUACCCUUCCGUAUCAAGCUGAUGGUGGACUACCAGCCCAGUAUUCGUUUUCAGCAGAUGGACGUCUUUUAACCGUCCGCGGUGUCAUAGUCGACACGGUCGAAGGUAUGGGUCUCCAGUCCACGAUGGAAUCGGAAAACGACAAUUCAGUCAAGCGACUACAGCAAAUCAACAAGUUCCAAACGGCAUACCCAAGUCUGGAUUCCGCUCGAGCUGCACUGUAUGAAACCCUCAUUGGCGCUCGCCUCGGGGUCAUGGGAGACCGCCGCGUCCAGGAAGAUAGAGGAAUGCAACUUUUCAACCUCCCGGCAUCCCCUGGAAUAGCAAUUCAUGACUUUAAACAAAGGGGAUGGACAGAGUUUUCAAUCCAAGGGCAACGAUAUGAACAAUGGCAUGAUUGGAGACUCAGAAACGAUGGGAUGGAUCUCGGGGACCUCGGUCGUGUAGGUGACCUUUUCACGGAUCGAGUGCCAGCCGACGCAAGUGAAGACUGGCUAUGGGCUGACUUUGUGAGAUUUCGUCACAUGGCUAGUGGAAGGAAGUUUGUCACAACAAAGGGUGGUAGAUUUGGCUGGGUACCAGCAGAUAUCGAGAGUGGCAGGGAUAUGGGUGUGCAGCGCGGAGAUCUUUUCUGUAUCGUCUUUGGAUGUAGCGUUCCCUUGGUUAUCAGAUAUGGUGGCCAGAACUAUCAAGUCCUAGGUGAAGGCUAUCUUCAGGGCUAUAUGGAUGGCGAUAUAUUAAGAGAACUGGAGGGAGGUAGAGCUAGUCAGGAGUUAAUCUUUUAUUGA